UCCGGGUCCGGGUAGCCGCGCCGGCGGCAGCGGCGGUGUUUGAGUGAAGGAAGAUGGCGGCUCUGGGCUGCCCGGGGUCCUGCCAGCUGUGAGGAUUCCCCGAGUACCGCCAGCGCCGGCCUGAGGCAGAGCGGCCCUGCUCUGGCCCUGUCUCUGACUCCCUCACUGCGGUCGUCGGAGAAACGAAGCCGAGAGCGUGGAGCGGGCUGGGCCAGCUUCAAGUGGGAUGUCAUGGCCAGCUCUUCGGACAGUGAAGAUGACAGUUUCAUGGCUGUGGACCAAGAGGAAACUGUGCUGGAAGGGACAAUGGAGCAAGAUGAGGACCCUCACCCAGUACUGGAGGUCGAGGAGACUAGACAUAAUAGGUCCAUGUCUGAGCUGCCGGAAGAGGUUUUGGAGUAUAUCCUGUCCUUUCUCUCACCGUAUCAGGAGCACAAAACUGCAGCUCUGGUCUGUAAACAGUGGUACCGGCUUAUCAAAGGUGUAGCUCACCAGUGUUACCAUGGUUUCAUGAAGGCUGUCCAGGAAGGAAACAUUCAGUGGGAAAGCCGGACUUACCCUUAUCCGGGAACCCCCAUCACUCAGCGGUUCUCCCACAGUGCAUGCUAUUAUGAUGCAAAUCAGUCUAUGUAUGUGUUUGGAGGCUGCACCCAGAGCAGCUGUAAUGCUGCCUUCAAUGAUCUCUGGAGACUCGACCUGAAUAGCAAAGAGUGGAUUCGACCUUUGGCUUCAGGGUCCUACCCCUCCCCAAAAGCUGGAGCGACUCUGGUCGUGUACAAGGACUUGCUCGUGCUCUUUGGGGGUUGGACGAGGCCAAGCCCCUAUCCCCUCCACCAGCCAGAGAGGUUCUUUGAUGAAAUUCACACCUAUUCACCAUCUAAAAACUGGUGGAAUUGCAUCGUAACCACCCAUGGACCACCUCCCAUGGCUGGCCACUCCUCCUGUGUGAUAGAGGAUAAAAUGAUUGUCUUUGGUGGCUCUUUAGGGUCUCGGCAAAUGAGCAACGAUGUUUGGGUCCUUGACCUGGAGCAGUGGGCGUGGUCCAAGCCUAACAUCUCAGGCCCCAGUCCUCAUCCCCGAGGUGGCCAGUCUCAGAUUGUUAUAGAUGAUGCAACUAUCUUAAUCCUUGGAGGGUGUGGCGGUCCCAAUGCUCUGUUCAAGGAUGCUUGGCUGCUGCGCAUGCACUCAGGUUCAUGGGCCUGGCAGCCACUCAAGGUAGAAAACGAAGACCAUGGUGCACCAGAACUGUGGUGCCAUCCAGCCUGCCGGGUGGGACAGUGUGUGGUGGUCUUCAGCCAGGCUCCUAGUGGGAGAGCGCCCCUCAGCCCCAGUUUGAACUCUCGCCCAUCACCUAUCAGUGCCACUCCUCCUGCCCUGGUUCCUGAAACCCGAGAGUACCGUUCCCAGUCUCCAGUGAGGAGCAUGGACGAAGCGCCUUGUGUUAAUGGCCGCUGGGGAACACUGAGGCCCAGGGCUCAAAGGCAGACUCCCUCAGGUUCCCGGGAAGGGAGCCUUUCCCCAGCCAGAGGAGAUGGCUCUCCCAUCCUCAAUGGAGGGAGCUUGUCUCCAGGAACAGCAGCUGUUGGGGGUGCUUCCUUAGACAGCCCUAUACAGGCUGUGUCUCCAAGCACUCCAUCUGCCUCUGAAGGAUAUGACCUAAAACUGGGACUUUCUCUGGCCCCCCGACGAGGGUCUCUACCAGAACAGAAGGACCUGAGAUUAGGGUCAGUAGAUCUGAACUGGGACCUGAAAGCUGCUUCCAGUAGUGGUCAUGUGGAUAGCACAGACAACAGGACAGUUGGGGGGAGCAUCAGACACCCUCCAGAACAGACCAAUGGUGUUCACACCCCACCACAUGUGGCCAGUGCCCUUGCAGGGGCUGUGUCCCCUGGUGCCCUGCGUCGGAGUCUGGAAGCCAUUAAAGCGAUAUCGUCCAAAGGCUCCUCUGCCUCUGCAGCACUAAGUCCUCCUCUUGGGUCUUCUCCAAGUUCCCCUGGGAGUCAGAGCCUGAGCAGUGGAGAAACAGUGCCCAUCCCUCGCCCAGGACCAGCCCAAGGAGAUGGCCAUUCCUUACCCCCGAUUGCCCGGCGCCUGGGCCAUCACCCUCCACAGUCACUCAAUGUUGGCAAACCCCUGUACCAGAGUAUGAACUGCAAGCCCAUGCAGAUGUAUGUGCUAGACAUUAAAGACACCAAGGAGAAGGGCCGGGUCAAAUGGAAAGUGUUUAAUAGUAGUUCUGUGGUUGGGCCUCCUGAAACCAGCCUGCACACGGUGGUACAAGGCAGAGGGGAGCUCAUCGUAUUUGGAGGACUCAUGGACAAGAAGCAGAAUGUGAAGUACUACCCAAAAACAAACGCCUUGUACUUUGUUCGAGCAAAGAGAUAAUGUGUUCAAAACCCCUCCCUUUUCUGUGGCUUUUAAUUUGGAAUUUUCCAGUGUGUGAGCAUUUGGAUUGAGAAUUGGGAAGUCAACAGCAUUACUCCCACAAACCAAAACUCUGGUUCCAAGCCUGACUCACUCUAGGCUGGGAUCAAAUCUCCAUUAAGA